UUUCUUUGCAGCCUGCUUCUUCCUCUAUCCAUCCUCUUCGCUCCAUCACUGUAUUCUGUUUGCUGUAUUCUUUCCUCUUUCUAUCCUCCUCCUAUUUUCGCUCCCCCCCCUUCUUCUCUCUCUCUCUCUCCCUUUCUCGAUUGCUGUGUGGGUGCCUAUAUGUUGGAGUAAGACAGCUGGGGAGAUCUGGAAAGAUUUCUGUCUGGGUGCCUGUCUCUGGCGCCGCGAGGGACACAGCUCUGCUGGUGACACUGUAUAGGGGGGAGCGUCAGUGACAAGAAGAGCAAGAAAAGUGACAGGGACACCGGUUGCUAAGCGGACGAGCAGAUCCCUAAUGCCAUAGAGAUGAGAACCAGGGACGGAUGAUAAAUUGCAUUCUGGUGGCAGCUGGAGACGGACAGACACAGAGACGGAUUCAUCCCAGGGCACAGAGGCGACUGGCACUCAGAUACACAACCUCUGUCUUCUGCCUCCAAUCGUUCUUUCUGUUCAUUCUAUGUUACUAAGGCAUGAUAGAAGAUGUGAAGAUACAAAUGAGUAACUGUUGCUAGCAACCUAGUGGAUGAGACUGUUUUAUGUAGAAGAGGCUCACUACCAUAUCCUGUCCUGCAGAAUAUGAUGCACAGAAUUUUCAGAAGGACUGUGAAGCACAGACUUCUCUAACUUAGGCACAAAACUCCAGAGUUGGACAUCAUCUCUUGUCCUGGCCUUCAUUUUUUAAAAGACCAUCAUGUCAUACCGGUGGGUCUUUGUGACAGUUACUUUUUGUUUCUUAUACUUCCCGCCAGGAGCACAGAGCGAUUGCUGGUUGAUUGAAGGAGACAAGGGGUAUGUCUGGUUGGCUAUAUGUAGUCAGAACCAACCCCCUUAUGAGACUAUUCCUCAACAUAUCAAUAGUACAGUUCAUGAUCUCAGGCUUAAUGAAAAUAAGUUAAAGAUAAUUGGUUAUGCUUCCCUAUCCCGCUUUGGAAACUUGACAGAUUUGAACCUAACCAAGAAUGAGAUUUCCUACAUUGAGGAUGGAGCCUUCCUUGGACAAUCAAAUCUACAAAUUCUUCAGCUUGGUUAUAACAAGUUAACCAAUUUGUCAGAGGGAAUGCUUAGGGGCAUGCCCAGGUUACAAUUCCUCUUCGUUCAGCAUAACUUGAUUGAGGUGGUGACCCCAGGAGCUUUCUCAGAAUGCUUGAGUCUUAUAAGCAUUGACUUGUCUUCUAAUCGACUCCAAAAGCUGGAUAGUGCAACCUUUCUUGGUCUUCAAGCACUGAUGGCUUGUGAACUGGCUGGGAAUCCUUUUCAUUGUGGUUGUGAGCUCUAUGGCUUUCUUGAUUGGCUCGUGAUGUUUAACAAUUUCACUCGAAAUUAUGAUCGCUUACAAUGUGAAAGUCCUCGAGAGUUUGCUGGUUACCCCCUACUAAGCCCCAGGCCUCACCACAGCCGAAAUGCAAUAACUGUUCUUCAAGCUCGUUGCAAAAAUGGAGGAAUAUUUUCUGUACCACGCGAAAGGCCAACUCCACUCAUACCAGAUCCCUUCCAUGAUUCAGAUGAAAAUUCUGGUUAUAGUCCUGGAGACGUUCUUUAUCCCGACCCAACCCCCACUUCUACAGACUCUUCUGUUAUGCCCACCAUUGAAAUUCAUCAUGUGACUGGAAGUUCAGCUACUUUGAUCGUGACUAUUCCAUAUCCAUAUAAAAAGAUGUAUAUUCUGGUCCAGUACAAUAACAGUUUUGUAUAUGAUGUAACAACGUUGAAGCACAAGAAGGAAUAUAUAACAUUAGACAAGUUGAAGGCUCAUGUCAAUUAUACUUUCUGCGUGGCUUCCAUACGUAACUCAAAACGCUACAACCAUACCUGCCUCUUUGUCUUUACUCGUUCAAAGGAUAAGGAAGAAUUUUCUCCCAACACUUCCACCACUACACACUAUAUCAUGACAAUAUUGGGAUGCCUAUUUGGCAUGGUUAUCAUACUGGGAGUUGUAUAUUACUGCUUAAGAAAGAAGAGGAGACAGGAAGAAAAGAAAAAAUCGCUCAAUGUUAAAAAGACAAUUCUAGAAAUGCGGUAUGGUUCAGAUGUUGAUCCAUGUCUGGGACCUCAUUCAUCACAAAAGAUGUCAGAGCAUCCUAUUCCUAUAUCACGCAUUUCUUCACUGCCCACUUCAGUUUCUGGUCUUGGAAGUGGAGACAAAGGCAUUUCCAAGCCUAUGAAUUCUCAAAUGGGAACACCUAAAGGUCCUAAGGGAACAAAUUACAUGGAAGUGCGAAGCGGAGAAGGACUAGAUAGAGGACAAAGAGGGAUGUCAGGAGGGGAUGAAGAUGAAGAAGACUUUCGGGAACUAGACAAUGGUGAGGGCUCAGCAUCUGAGAUAUCAACAAUUGCUAAGGAGGUAGAUAAAGUUAACCAAAUAAUCAAUAAUUGCAUUGAUGCCCUAAAGCUAGACACGGCUUCUUUUUUAGGAGGGGGGGACCCGGAGCUGGGUUACGAUUGCCAGUCAAUCCCAGCCAGCUCUUCGGGUCAUCUGGAACGGUUGAGCUUCCUCUCUCCUCCAUACAAAGAGGGUGUCCAUCCUCUUCAACGGCAGCUCAGUGCAGAUGCUGCCACAGUUGCGAAGAAACGUUGCAGCAUUUCGUCUAGUGGCUCCAUUAAAAGUGCCAGAGUAUUUAGCUUGGAUGUACCUGAUCAGCCUCUAAAGUGUGACUCCAAGUAUAUUGAGAAGAGCAGCCCUCUGAAUAGCCCUUUGGAUCGCCUUCCACUAGUAUCUUCUUCUGGAGUCCACCAUUUAGAUGUCAAGCCUUCCUAUCAUUGUAGUGAACACCGUCACUCCUUUCCUGCUCUGUACUAUGAGGAAAGCGCUGAUACAUUAAGCCAGAGAGUCAGCUUUUUGAAGCCACUUUCCCGCUCCAAGAGAGACUCUAGCUACUCCCAGCUAUCACCAAGACACCAUUUCUCUGGAUAUUCCUCCAGUCCAGAGUACUCCACUGAAAACACCCACAAGAUUUGGGAGCGCUUCCGUCCUUAUAAAAAACAUACCCGGGAAGAGGUCUACAUAGCAGCUGGACAUGCCUUGCGCAAAAAGGUCCAGUUUGCCAAAGGGGAGGACUUGCACGAUAUCUUGGAUUACUGGAAGGGAGUGUCAGCUCAACAGAAACUGUAACUGGCACCUAUCAAGGUGCUUAGAGCCGGCUAAGGCUGUGGACAUGUCUCUGCUGAGAAUUGUGGUGCUGAUGCGCUACAAUGUGCAAUUAAAGUUUACAUUGGAGGUGGGGAUGUACCCUCACAGAGGGGAGACAAAGAGAUGUGUGAGUUCUGCACAGGGAAUUUUCUGGCACAGACCUCCUCCCCUUUUUAACACUUCCCCCCACGUCUCCACACACUGUAUUGGUGACUUUCUUUCCAUUUACAUAUUUUUUGUUGAUAAAUAUUUUCUUUUCUUUUUAUCAUUUUGUGGAAAAAAAAUGAUAUGUAUUGCUUGAAAUGUUGCAAGCUGAUGUCAUGCGCUACCCUUCUCAAAGACGGCCAUUCCAUUAAUAAUUUUACAUAAUAAUCUUUCCCAUACAGUUUCUUCAGUACUUGUAUAAAUUGAUAACAAUGAGUUAGGACACAAAGCUGGCAUUAUAGCAGCAAUCAAAGGAUAUGGUGGAUUUUCUUCUCAGACCUCCAGAGAAUAGUCUGUCCUGCUUACACUAAUGAAAUAGUGACUUCAAAUGGAAUUUGUUAUCGUAAGCUAACAAUAGGUUUUCCAAAGUAUCCUUAAAUUCUCUGUGAUGUACAGGUAUAUGUUGACUAUGAUUACUGAAGAAGUUUGAGUCAGCAUAAGACAUUCCAGUAGAUGUGAUUUUAAUGUAGACUGAAAAACCUCCCUACUAGCCAGAAUUUCAUAGCAAACAUGAAUUUAUUUCGUCAUUUUGCAGUGAUCCUGUUUCCUUGCUUACAGGUGUUACGGAUUCUUCUAAAGAAAAAAGAAAAAAACAUUUCUCAUGUGCUUAGCUAGCCAAAAGGAAGGAGUUAAAAUGUCCUGCAUUCAUCUUACGGUUACAGAUAGCUUGUGAUAGUAAAUUCAAAUUAUUUUCACCCUGUGGUUGCAAAUCUCAUAAAAUUAGAGAAAUUUACAAUAGCAUUGUCUACAGUAGGCCAUAAAGCAUGUUUAAAGCCUUAUUACACCCUCGAUGUUCUUGCUAAUGUAUAUGUAUGCUUCUGCCCUGGUUUAAUGGAACACUAAAUAUAGAGAAUACUUCUCAAUUGUUAAAUAAUCCCUUGAUCAUAUUUUAUCUCAAUACAUAAAUCAUUCUAUGUGUAUUGCAAAAGAUCAGGUAUUUUCUCCCAUUUCGAUUUCACAAACUUAUGUCUAAUCAGUAAGGCCCCCGUACGCAGAAACUGUCCAAACCUGCUGACUUUGGUGGGACCAAUGUACUAUCUAAAGUAUAUAUAUAUAUAUAUAUAUAUAUAUAUAUAUAUAUAUAUAAAUCCAAUAUGGAGCAGCACACCAAAUAGCGGUGGGUGCUAUCAGUCAAACCCAGGUCACGGGAUGCACGUAGGUAUAUUCCAAAAAAAUAUAUAUGAGCCUCCAGACUCUGCUCCAACAGAUGAUGUUGGGAAAGAGAAGGGUUGGAUUUUAACCUCCCAAUCCUUUUUGUUUUCAGAGUGAUAACCUGCCAACAUAGCUGUUUGACAUUAACUUACCCCUCCAAAACAUUGGGCCAUGCCGAACAUCAAUGUGUGUGGGAAGAUCAAUAGAGAUUACUGUCGGCAGAACAAACAUUUGGCCGAAAGCAGCUGAAUUUAUAUUGCCGGCUUAAGACAACUGGCUUCAAAAAUAGUCCUCUUUCUUCAAUCUGCAGGAGGAGAGCUUAAACUUUAAGCCACACCUCUGAGUUCCUCCCUCCUCAAUCUGCAAGAGAAAAGCUUACACAUUAAGCCACACCUCUGAGCUAUGUCAAAACCUGAUCAUCUACCAAUAAAAAAUUAGAGGGAUUAAAAAAAAUUAUAAUAAUCAUAUAUUCCAAGUUGUAUGUUUUCUGCAAGGUUUCUACUGUUUCUGUACAAUGACAAACACUAUAGAAAUGCGUUAAUUCUGUCCAAUUCUGUCAUUUCUAUCUUAGUUCAGCGUUCCUUUAAAUCAAUCUAGAUAUCAUUAUUCAUUAGGAUGUCCAAAAUAUUAUUUGAGGAAAUAUAAUGCAGGAGUACAAAGAAUAGAUUCUAAGACAAAAGCCAAUUUAUGGAUAGCUCAUACUUUGUUGAGGGGGUCAUGUAAGGUAAAAAAAAUGAAGAAAGCAAUUUCAGUUCAUCCAGACUAAUAGCUUUGUGCUUUAUCUAAUCUUCAUGGGUCCAUCUUCAAUUGCAUCUUGGAAUCAAAGAUAAAGAAAGAUAUGAACUGAACUUUACAUAAUAGGGUCUCCUUAUUCUCCCCCAGCCUUCAUGAUGUCAGCUUGCAACAUCUCUCUCUGUAGUUUUAUCAGUGCAUGGUUUUAACUUUUUCACUUUUACAUUGCCCUGUGUUUCUUGAAUUUUUAGAAGCUUAUCGCCAUAAAGGCAUUUUUAGGUUAAUUUUAUAUGUUAAAGAAUACAAAAAAAUGCUCACAUACAUUGGAGGCAGCCAUUUUGUGGCUAAUUUUAAGUACUCAUUCACAUGGAUCUAUUUAUUUAAGGUAUCUCAGUGAUUGCACUCAUGUCAACUGGUAUUCCCUUGAAUACUUUUGGCCUUCAGAAUGGGUGCCGGUGUUGUGAGUAAAGCUGCAGGUAUAAUUUAAAGGUUUACUGCUGUGGAUUCAGAUACAUAUCUUUUUUGGCUUUUUGUUUUCUGUUUCAAUUUUUUGGGUGGAAUUGGGGGUAUGGGAGGGUUUGGGAAAAGGGGAUGGAGGGGAAUGUACACAGGACUUUUGGCCAAUGAUUUAUUAAGAGAGGAGAUGGGAACUGUAUUUUUUGCAUGCAUUAGUGUAAAAAAAAAAGAAAAAAAAAAGAACAAAAACACUUGAGAUGAAGAAGUUUAAGAAAUAUAAAAGCACUCGGCACAUUUCACUUUUAAAAGAAAUCCAGCAGUGGCAAAUGGAGAUGUCCAUCCUGCUGAGGAUUGCCUGGUAUCUGAUGGGACCAAGAAGGCAGAAAUAAUUUGCAAUCCACUUCACUGUGUCUCUAAAUAUAAUGCAUUAUCCGUAUCUUGCAUUGCACAAUGAAAAAAAAUUCUAAACAUAAUAUGGAGUCCAAAGUUAUUCUCUUUAAAUGCAUGCUAAGAAAUCCAGCCACAGUAUUCAGUCACACACUCAUUACUCUGAUGUCUUCUUGCUGUCAACCUGGACUUUCUACACUACAUUGCAUCUAACAAUACAGCAUUUGGCAUA